GGAAGAAAAAAAAGAAGUGAAGGGAGAGAACAAAGAAAUCAGAGUGUAUUUAAAGAGGAGCAGCCCGUGAGCCCCGCACUGUGCACUGUGCACCUCCUCCUGAGCACCUCCUCCUGAGCACCUCCUCCUGAGCACCUCCUCCUCCUGGCUCCGGACGGCGGAGAGGAUGCGGACUUCCCUGCUCGUGUGCUGCUGCGUCCUGGCGCUGCAAUGCCUCCGGAGCACGCGCUGCCUCCCGCUGCGAGGCUCCGGGUUCAAGCCUCCGCCGGUCUCUGAAAAGUUCCCCGACCUGAAGAAGAGAGGGAAGGCUCCUCACGCUCAGGACCUAGUGAAGGAGACGAGUUUGUCAAACAACACCUCCAACACAUGGAACCGACCGCGCUGUGGUGUACCGGACUACCCUGCCCAGAAGGGGGUGCACCAUCGUGGACGACACCGCCAGAGACGCUUUGUCCUCUACGGAGGACGCUUGGACAGAACGGACCUCACCUACAGGAUCGUCAGGUUUCCGUGGCAGAUGGGCGAGGAGAAGGUUCGACGUAUCUUCCGGGAAGCGCUGCAGAUCUGGAGUGACGUCACGCCGCUCACCUUCACUGAGAUCCACAGCGGGAAGGCCGACAUCCGCAUCGACUUCACUAGAUACUGGCACGGAGACAACCUUCCGUUCGACGGCCCGGGUGGGAUCCUCGCUCACGCUUUCUUCCCCAGAACCCACCGACAGGGCGACGUCCACUUCGACUACGAUGAGUCCUGGACUCUUGGAAACCACAUGGGCACAGACCUUCUCCAGGUCGCUGCCCAUGAGUUCGGGCACGUCCUGGGCCUGCAGCACUCGCGUGAGCCUGGAGCCGUCAUGUCCGCCUACUACACCUUCUCCUACCCGCUGAGGCUGAGCGAGGACGACAAGCAGGGCAUCCAGUAUCUGUACGGAGCUCGUCCACAAGUCCUGCCCUCGCCGCCGCCGCCGCCGCCACCACCCACCCCUCCUCCCUCUAACCCGGAGACCAACGAGAUCCCCACUAAUCCCGACGCCUGCCAGACGGACUUUGAUGCCGUGUCUAUGAUCCGAGGCGAGCUGUUCUUCUUUAAGUCGGGCUACGUGUGGCGGAUCAGGGACGGGCAUCUGGAGAGCGGCUACCCGGCGCUGGCGUCCCGGCACUGGAGGGGGAUUCCCGACAACAUCGACGCCGCCUUUGAAGACAAGUCGGGGAAUAUUUGGUUCUUUCAAGGUGAGAACUACUGGGUGUUCGAUGCCGAGAUGCAGAUCCGAGGGCCGGAGUCCAUCCGCAGCUUGGGCCUGUCGGUGUCCGGGAUCCAGGCUGCGCUGCGCUGGGGCCACGACUCCAACUACAACACCUACUUCUUCAAGUCCGGCAGCUACUGGAGGUUCAGCCCCCGUGAGAACCGGCUGGAGUCCGUGUACCCGCGCAGCAUGCAGGACUGGAGCGGCAUCCCCGAGGACGUGGACGCAGCCUUCAGGGACGUCUACGGCUACGCUCACUUCAUCCGAGGACGACAGUACUGGAAGUUUGACCCUGUCGGUAUGAACUCUCUGGAGGGAUACCCCCGCUACAUCGGCAUGGAUUUUUUCGGCUGCAGAAACGCUUGAGUCUUCAGCAUCGGAGAAUCACGCCAAUUUUUGUUUUGUUUUGUUUCUUUUUGACAAUGAAGAGGAGUUCUUUGUGAACAAAGCCGUUUUGUAUGUUCAGAUUCAAAGGGGGCGAGACGACCUCCUUUGAAUCUGUUUGUGCUUUACUCCAUUUAUUGGUUCUCAGAUCGACUUCAGCUUCUUCUCAGGAAAACCAAGCGAUGUUUCCUCAGACCUGGC